UGCAAGGUAGAUGAUUUAGUUAAAAGGAUGAAAGAUACAGCAAGUCAUAGAAAGAGAACAAAAUCUGAGAGUGACCGUACGGCCGACCACAAGGCGGCCGGGAAAGGUCAGCACCAUGGUCCUCCGCAUGGCAGCAGUCAGCAAGGGAGCCACCAUGCCGGAAGUCAACACGCCCAUGCAGCGAGUCAUCACAAAGCCGAGCAUAAAGCCGACCACGGACAUCAAAAGGGGGAACACGGCCACCACAAAAGUGAACACGGCCAUCAUAAAUCUGAUCAUGGCCAACACAGGGCAGGUCAUACCCAUCAUGGUCAUCACGGCGACCACGGUCACCAUGACGACUUCCAUCAUUCGGCGUCCUCCCAUGUGUUCCGACAACGCACAAAUACCAUGUUGUCCAGAGGAGGCCAUUCCGUUCACGGCCACGGCCAUGAUAUUGAUAAACGAAGUGUCGCUACGAACGAAGGACCACCUCCCGUUGUUUUUUAUGAAAAUACGUAUAAACUGACUCCCGAUUGUAAAGUUCAUGAGGGCAAAAUAAGAGAUGCCAUCCAAAGGGUCUUAGAGGAAAACAUAACCGAAAACAAGUAUGACCCGAGCAUUUGUGGUUCAAAGUGUAAAAUUAUCACUGAAAUCAUGAAAGAGCGUGUGAAACAACUAGACAUGAACAGGUUCAAAUUUGUUUGCAUGGCAAACAUUGGUCAGUUGUAUGACCAGUCGAUGGUUGUGACGUCACGCUGCCUCUGGGACCAUCGAUUUGACAACGCUGUUAGCGUUACACACAAAUCUGGAGACAUCAUAGCUGUCGGCUUAGUAUUUGCUAUAUAUGCUGAAUAGAGUUGUGAACAUACGAUUUAAGGACAAAUUCAAAUGAAAGACAUGAUUAAACUGUUUCUUGCUUUAUGAACUGCCGCGUGUGUAUACUAGUUGUUAAUACAUAUUGAAAGUUUCUAA